AUGCCCUCCUGGGCUCCUUCCGCUGUGCGCGGCGGCGACGCGCACGCGCGUGUCGAGGCGCCGGUCACGAUGCGCGGCUAUCUCCUCUGUGUCUUCGCGGCGUUUGGUGGAAUCCUGUUCGGCUACGAUUCCGGAUACAUCAAUGGCGUCCUUGCCAUGGACUACUUCAAGCAGGAGUUCGGAAUGUCCAUCUUGUCGGCGGGUACCUUUUUCGGUGCACUGUUCGCUGGAUCUGUCGCCGACUGGAUUGGACGCCGCUCCACUAUCAUUGCUGGCUGUGGUAUCUUUUCGCUCGGUGUCAUCCUCCAGGUGGCUUCAACAACUAUCGCGGUCCUCGUUCCUGGUCGACUCAUUGCUGGAAUCGGUAUUGGUUUCGUUUCGGCUGUCAUUGUUUUGUACAUGUCCGAGAUUGCGCCCAAGGCCAUCCGCGGUGCCAUCGUUUCCGGUUACCAAUUCUGUAUCACCAUCGGCCUCCUCCUAGCUGCCGUCGUUGACAAUGGCACUAAGGACCGCAUGGAUAGCGGCUCCUACCGCAUUGCCAUGUCAAUGCAGUGGCUUUUUGCUAUUAUCCUCGCCACUGGCUUGUUCUUCCUGCCCGACUCCCCUCGUUGGUACGUCAAGCGUAACCGUCACGAUGAUGCUGCUCGCGCCCUCGGCAAGCUCCGUGGCCAGCCCGUCGAGUCGCAAUUCGUCAAGGAUGAGCUCGCUGAACUUGUUGCCAACUACAAGUAUGAAAUGACUCACAUGCAGGCUGGCUGGUUGGACUGUUUCCGUGGCGGCUGGAAGCCUUCGAGCAACCUCCGUCGCGUUGUGCUCGGCAUGACUCUACAGAUGAUGCAGCAGUGGACCGGUGUAAACUUCAUCUUCUACUACUCGUCCACGUUCGCAAAGACAGUUGGCAUCAACAACGCCUUUGUCAUCUCCAUGAUCACGACCGCGGUCAACGUCUGCUCUACACCUCUCUCCUUCUGGGCUAUCGAGAAGCUCGGCCGACGUGCACUCCUGAUCUAUGGCGCCCUCGGCAUGCUGAUCUGCGAAUUCAUCAUCGGCAUUGUUGGCAGCACCACCCCAGAGGGCAGCAAGGCAGCUUCUACCUGCCUGAUCGUCUUCGUAUGCAUCUACAUCUUCUUCUUCGCCACCACCUGGGGCCCCGGCGCCUGGGUGCUCACCGGCGAGAUUUUCCCCUUGCCCAUCCGAUCCAAGGGCGUUGCUCUCUCCACCGCGUCGAACUGGUUCUGGAACUUCAUCAUCGGCUUCAUCACCCCUUACCUAAUGAACCCAGACCAGGGCAACCUCAAGACCAAGGUCUUCUUCAUCUGGGGCUCUACAUGUACCGCGUGCGUGCUCUUCGCAUUCUUCUUCGUCCCCGAGACAAAGGGCCUCAGUCUGGAGCAGGUCGACCGCAUGCUCGAGGAGACGACGCCGCGCAACUCGGCCAAGUGGGUCCCGCACUCGACCUACGCUGAGCACCACGCCGAGGUCAGCAGCAUGGAGACGACGGACAAGGCGGGCGCGCAGCCCCAGGCCCGCGAGCACAUCUAG